AUGCCCUUCCCCUCCUUCCUCACCCGCCUCGUACGCCCCUUCACAUCCUCCACCACGAUGUCCAUCGCAGGCCAACAAUCCUCCGGCGGCGCAGCCUCCCCCGCGCUCCCGCCCGGCGCCCAAAAGGCCACCAUCGCAGCCGGCUGCUUCUGGGGCGUCGAGCACCUCUACCGCAAACACUUCGCCUCCAAGGGCCUCCUCGACGCCCGCGUCGGCUACAUCGGCGGCGACCUCGCGAACCCCUCCUACCGCGCCGUCUGCGGCGGGCAGACCGGCCACGCGGAAGCCCUGCAGGUCGUCUUCGACCCCGCGGCCGUGUCCUACCGCCAGCUCCUCGAGUUUUUUUACAGGAUGCACGACCCCACCACCGCGAACCGCCAGGGCCCGGACACGGGGCCGCAGUACCGCUCCGCCAUCUUCUUCCACGACGCGGAGCAGGAGAAGAUCGCGGGGGAGGUGACCAGGCUGGCGAACGAGCAGUGGUACAAGGGCAAGAUCGUCACCGAGGUGAUUCCCGCCGGACAGUGGUGGGAUGCGGAGACGUAUCACCAGUUGUAUCUGCAGAAUAACCCGUCCGGGUACGAGUGUCCCAGUCACUUUUUGAGGACGUUCCCCGAGCUGCAGGGGUGA